AUGGCCAAAGUCCUUCUCACCGGUGGCUCUGGCUUCAUCGCGGCUCACGUUCUCGAGCAGCUUCUGGAGCGUGGCCACAACGUCGUGACCACUGUUCGUUCCGAAGACAAGGCGGCCAAGAUCCACGCCGCCCACUCCAGCCUGGGCAAGGGCCGUCUGCAGACGGCCAUCGUGCCCGACAUCGCGAAGCCAGACGCCUUUGAUGAGGUCGUCAAGACUCCGGGUAUCGAGGUCGUCCUCCACACGGCGUCGCCGUUUCAUUUCAACAUCACAGACCCCCAAAAGGAUCUUAUCGACCCUGCCGUCAUCGGCACGACUGGCAUCCUCAAGGCCAUUGCUAAAUCGGCCCCAGGCGUGAAGCGCGUGGUUAUCACCUCGUCCUUCGCCGCCAUCCUCGACGCAUCCAAGAUAAAUGACCCCAAUACGACCUUCACCGAGAAGUCCUGGAACCCCGUGACCAUCAAGGAAAUCCACAACGACAACGCGACCGCCUACCGCGCCUCCAAGAAGCUCGCCGAGAAGGCUGCCUGGGAUUUUGUCGCCGACAAGUCCAACAACGCAAAGUUCGACCUCGUCACCGUCAACCCCCCAAUGGUCUUCGGCCCCGUGGUGCACCACCUGGCCAGCCUUGACACUAUCAACACCUCCAACGAGCGCAUCGUGGCCCUCGCGCAGGGCAAGUGGAAGGAGGCUGGCGCUGUCCCCGCCACGGGCGUGUCCAACUGGGUCGACGUGCGCGACGUGGCCAGGGCGCAUAUCUUGGCCUUCGAAAAGCCUGAGAUCGGCGGCCACAGGCUCUUCACGACGGCGGGCUCCUACUCCAACAGAGGUAUCCUAGACGCUGCCAGGAAGAACUUCCCCGAGCUCAAGGACAAGCUGCCGGCGGAGGACGUCCAGGGUGGAGAGCCCGCCCCUGCGGACAAGACCUACAAGUUCGACAACUCGGAGACCACCAAGCUGCUGGGUUUCGAGUGGAUCCAGAUCGAGACCACUGUCGUUGACACUAUCAAGAGUCUGAAGUCCUUCUUGUGA